CCCAAAGUCCACGGUUAUCAUCCGGGUGGCCCCGAUCACUUCCUUACGGAAGCGACGGGUUCAUCUGCUCAGGUGGGGCACGCCAUAAGUUUUUCCGCGUGCGCCGUAUAAAACCAGGAACGAUUUGUGCGGCGGGAACACUGCAUUCGCGACCAUCGUCAGGGUUGCUGUGGCCAAGUAGUCAAGUCAGCACCCAGUCGUGAUUCAGACGAUCCAGUCGUCAGCAGACAAUAAUGUCGAGUCGAUCGCUGACGAGUGCCCUCACGUGGCUGCUCUUCGUCCUGACAACGUCAGCUUGGCCGUUUCGUCGACGGGACGUCUUCGACAACGCUGUGGACGACCCCGACGGGCUGAUCGCCCAUCUGCAGCACCUCGGCGAAUCGCUCUAUGGACUGCCCGACAAUGAGACCGGGUUUAAGGUGGCGCAAUGGCACGAGAAUAUGGACGUGAACCCGGAAGAGUUGGGCAACUACGCCGAGGGUGACAUCCUGUUUCCGCCCGUCUUCGGGCGGAACGGCCUCAAAGCCGACUCCGCACGAUGGCCCAACGGCGUUAUCCCCUACAUGAUCAGUCCGUACUUCAAUGCGCAACAACAGAAAUUGAUAUACGAUGCGAUGGAGGACUACCACAGGUACACGUGCAUCAAGUUCAAGCCGUAUAGAGGCGAGGAGAGCGACUACAUCCGGAUCACGGCCGGCAACAGCGGCUGCUGGAGCAGCGUGGGCAGGAUCGGCGGUCGACAGGAUGUCAACCUUCAGGUGCCCGGCUGCGUCACGAAGAAGGGCACGGUGAUACACGAGCUGAUGCACGCCGUCGGCUUCUUACACGAGCAGAGCAGAUACGAGCGCGACGACUACGUGAGCAUCUUGUGGCAGAACAUUUUGAACGGUCACGGCGGCAAUUUCGAGAAGGCUUCCAAGGAGACCACGGACGCCUUCGGUGUCGGUUACGACUACGGCAGCGUAAUGCACUACUCGUCGAAGGCGUUUUCCAAGAACGGUCAACCCACGAUAAUACCGAGAUCCGAGAGGCCGACUGGCAUUUUGGGUAUCAUCGGCGAUAUCUUCCAGGAGAACAGCCGACAGGAGAUCGGCCAGAGAGAUGGUUUCAGCAAGAGAGACAUCCAAAAAAUCAGGCGGAUGUAUAGAUGCAACAAACGCAGGCGCAGCCAAUACUGAACGAACGAAUCUAGAUGAUCAUCCGGCAAUUAAUUGAUCUUAAUUUAUCUCGAAUAUUGCGUGUUAGAUUUGCGUAUAAUAAGAGCAAAGGGAUGAUGAUAAUGAAGAAGAAAAAGAUCUAGUCUUAUGUGUAAAACGCACGGAAAAGCAAUACCGGCGAGUGUGGUCAGUAUUAUUAUAAUCUUUAGGGAACUAAACGUAAUGCCACGAGUGUAUAUCUACCUUAAGUUUUAAGUCUCACACACGUAUUACAAAAUAUAUCUUCAAGUGCAUCACA